GUGCGGGGUGAGCGGGGUGAGCGGCGUGCGGCACCGGGCGUGGUAGAAGGGAGUGAUCCCGCUGGGACUGUGCCGGCAGGGUCGGGACCGGCGAGAGGCGCCGCAUCGAUGCUGCCGCUGCUGUGCGCACUGUUGUUGGGGCUGGGGCCGGCCCACGCCGCGCCCGCGGGCCAUGAGGUGACGUUCCUGCCCGGGCUGCCCAAGCAGCCGUCCUUCCGCCACUUCUCGGGGCACCUGUGCAUCGGGCCGACGCAGCGCCUGCACUACUGGUUUGUGGAGGCCCAGAACAACCCGCAGAGCAGCCCUCUGGUAUUAUGGCUGAACGGGGGCCCUGGCUGCAGUUCUAUGGAAGGCUUCUUGAAAGAGCAUGGCCCCUUCCUGGUGCAGCCCGAUGGGGUCACGCUGAAGUACAAUGACUACGCCUGGAACAAGAUUGCCAACAUGCUCUACCUGGAGUCCCCUGCAGGCGUUGGCUUCUCAUACUCCGAGGACAAGAAGUAUGCUACCAACGACACCGAGGUCGCACACAACAACUACCUGGCUCUGAAGGAGUUCCUGCGGCUCUUCCCUGAGUACUCCAAGAACGACCUCUUCCUCACAGGGGAGAGCUACGGCGGCAUCUACAUCCCCACUCUGGCAGAGUGGGUGAUGCAGGACCCCAGCCUUAACCUCAAGGGAAUCGCUGUGGGAAAUGGCCUCUCCUCCUAUGAGAUCAACGACAACUCCUUGGUGUACUUCGCCUAUUACCAUGGCCUGCUGGGCACCCAGCUGUGGAAGGACUUGCAGGCCUUCUGCUGCUCUGAAGGGAAGUGCAACUUCCAUGACAACUCCAAUUUGAACUGCACGCUUAAGAUGGCAGAGAUGAUUGAGAUUGUAGAGGAGUCUGGGCUCAAUAUCUACAAUCUCUACGCCCCGUGUGCUGGCGGUGUUCCUGGAAGCAUGAGGUAUGAGGGUGACUAUCUCGUCACACAUGACCUGGGGAACUCCUUCAUCCGGAUGCCAAUGAGGUUCUCCUGGCGCCAGAACCUGUUCCGGAUGCCUGUAGCCCGCAAUAAGGUGCGGAUGGACCCACCGUGCACCAACUCCACAGCACCGACCAUGUAUCUGAACUCCCCAGAAGUGAGGAAGGCUCUCCACAUCUCCCCCGAUGCCCCAGAGUGGCAGGUGUGCAGCUUCGAGGUGAACCGCAGCUACAAGCGCCUGUACACGCAGAUGAAUGACCAGUACCUCAAACUUCUUGGAGCCAUGAAAUACAGAAUCCUGGUGUACAAUGGGGAUGUUGACAUGGCCUGCAAUUUCCUUGGGGACGAGUGGUUCGUGGACUCCCUGUGCCAGAAGGUGCAGGUGGCUCGCCGGCCUUGGCUCUACACUGAAGGAGGUGAGAACCAGAUCGGGGGCUUCGUGAAAGAGUUCACCAACAUUGCCUUCCUCACUGUUAAGGGAGCCGGCCACAUGGUGCCUACAGACCAGCCCCUCGCUGCCUUCACCAUGUUCAGCCGUUUCAUUAAGAAUGAGCCCUACUAGGAGCUGGGGAGGCUGUGCCCAGGGCCUUGGGCUGCCUGCGUACAACAGUCACCUCCUGCACAGCUCAUCACUGCCACUCAGCUGCACCAGGGCUCCCCUGUGUCAUGAACAAAGUGACGACUGCAGCCGGCAGGGAUUCCCCGGGGCCCCAAGGGCUAUGCUUAGCCUGGAGGCAGGCUUUCUGCAGGGUGCAGGGAGAGGAGUCCUUGGGAUGCCAUCCCUGCUGGGCACUGCAGCUGUCUCUUUGCUGUGGCUUCCUGUCUCACCUCCUCCCUGUUUCUGGAGGCAAUUACUUCCCUCGUAGGCUGGGAGCAGUCCUUACCACUUCCCUCUGUCCUGCAGCCUCUGUACACAUGUGGCCUAGGCAGGCUCUGAGCCAGCUGCUCUCUGCUAAGCACAGUUGAUGUGGUGGCCGUGGGCUCCCCUGCAAGGGCUUUCUGCUCCCUUUGAAACCACUCCCAACCUGACCUCAGUGAAAGGCAAUUCACAACGAAGACAAUUUCACUGCCUAGGUCACACAGUGCUCUUGGGAACCCACAAUAAACUCUGAAUAAGGUGGUCCUGCUCCUCA